CCGGCGGGCAACGGUCGAGCUACGUCGUGAAGUGCGUCACAUAUUAUUAUCCUGCGGAACGUGGUCGUGAUGAGACGCAUAGGUACAAUUCUCUACGAACCGUAAGAAAAUAUUGGCUAGCAUGAUCGAUUCUUGAUUACAAUGGCGUCGUCUACGAUGUGUGAAGUAGUACGUCGUAAAAAUAAGAACAAGAAAUUGAUCGAAUGUGAAGAAAAUGAUCGUCUCGUAAUUCGUAAAAGCUAUUCUUCCAAUUCGAGACGACAUGACGACUGGUCAUCGAUGUAUAAGGCGUGAGAGGUACAAGAAGGUAUAUGUAACGUGCAAUGGUGGGUGGAUGAAGAAUAAUGACAAUGAAGUCUCAGAAGAGGAGGAACAGAGGAGGAGGAGGCCCGGGGUGGCAUCAGGCAUCGGCGGAGCAACCGAGGAUUAACAUCGUAUACUACAACUCCGCUGCUGCGCAUCGGACCGAUUAUUAUAAACCGACCAAGACGAAUCUUCCUCGUAAACCAUCGCGGACCAUCGGGUUAACGGUGCCCUCGAGAUGCGGUGAUGGCUUUGUUGUAUAGGUUCGCGCAGCUGCACGAUCGCAGUGGCACGCGGGUCUUCUCCUUCGUCGUCACUAGGACCGUCGUGCGCGAUCCUGAGAGGGACGUCACCAGCAAGGAACUAGUAUGCGGUUUUCAAAGAUGGGCCGUCGCUUUUUCGCGCGGGGAAAAGGUUCUGGGCGUAUACUUGGUAUGGCGUGGCGCGUCAAGAAACCUCCGCGUAUACGUGGACUUCACGUUUACGCUGCUGAAUCGGGAGCACUUCUCUAUGAACGAGAGCUUUUCCGGCAAACGAGUCAAGUUUACAUACGAGGCACCGGCCCAGGGCAACCGCAGUUACAUCGCCGUAGCGGACCUCUACAGCCGUAAUUUCGCCGAUACGAAUGGCGAGUUUCAGCUGGAGCUGUCCAUGGCGAACGUGCGAACGGUCUACAUGACGGAGGUCAGGAUGCCAACGUCGGUGUUCUCGGCUGGUCAGACGAAGCCGAGCAAGCUGGAGACCGACUACUUCGCAUUCGGCGGUUUCGACUGGAAUUUGGUCAUCUAUCCGCAUGGCAAGGACGCAGACGGUUGCCGCGGUCAGGAUAGUCGCAUGAGCGUCUACCUGAUGAGACUAUCGGGUUUCGAUCAUCGGUGCAGGGUGAGAUACAGCCUGGCUCUGGGCGAGGGUGAACGGCGAAUCGACUCCGGACAAAUCGAGGAUAUAUCCGACGCCGAGGGUUGUGGCUUCGGAUGGCAUACGAGGGUUAGAUGGUCCGAUAUCGCGCACAAGGGCACGCUCCGUGUGUCGCUUGAGAUGCUCGAGGCGAGGACCAUUUGCGAGGUCGUAGUACAGGCGCUGGGCACGUCGGUUCUGCCGGCUGCGCCCUGCUAUGAUCGCGACAAGCAGGCUUGGGCCAUCCGCGCCGAUCUCAACUCCGACACAGUCAGGCUGCAUUUGGUGUAUAAAGACAUCCAUAAUGUACCGAGGAAUCAUUUAAGGUAUGUCAGUUGGUCGGCAUAUCUGUUGAGAGGCGAGGGACCAAACAUCACGGCGAUUGGGCUACCCGGCGAACCAUUCAGCCGCUACUACGUUCAGGAGUCCGUCGACGAAGGCAUUAUCAUGGAGACGAACGUGGACAUGAAUGAAGUAAAGGAGAAUCAUUGUCCAUAUCUCACAGACAAAGGUCAGCUAAGGAUCCGAUUGGAAUGGAACGAGAGCCACUUGCUUUUUCAAGCGACCUACCACAAGUACGACGACGUAUGUCGCGUACACAAUCAACAGAUGCGACGUGAGAUCGUAUCGCUGCAAGCAGAGAAUUACAGUCUCGAGCGGCAGCUGUUCAGCUAUCAGAAGAGCCUGGCAUAUGCACAAGCGCAGCAACAGCAACAGCAACAACAUCCAAAUCAGCAGCAUCACUCGGUGGUAGGUCAUCAGGGUCAUCUCGAGCGAUCAGCGUCCAGUGAUACUGAAUACGCUUGACAAGUGGAACGCGAGUUAUC